AACAGAGAGAUUCGAGAUUAUUCUCGCAAUGCGAGUAAACAGGAUGUUUCCAUAUUCAUAAAUAUCGCUAUUCGCGUCUCGAAGGAUCAAGCUAUCGUUAGAUACUUAUAUCGUAAAUAAACAACAUAACAGAGAUCGUACAGGACGUACAGUAUUGUAUUGAGUAGUAGUCAUAUUGAGAUCUCUUUGUACUGUAGUAAGGAAAAGAAUGAAUUUAAACUCAAGUGUUUUAAUGUGAAUAAAGUGUCGUAUUAAUUAAUGUGUUCCUUUAACGUUUAAUGAAUUGUGUUACGCUCGCAAGUUAAUCAUUGUAUGACUAAGACUGUUAGAUAUGAGAUGUCAGACUUUAAUAUCAGAUGAUCUUAAGAUAACGCAUAUCAAAAGGUAUGACAUUGUGAACGCAGAGUUUUUGCGUUUAAGAUAUCUUCUUAUAUUUCAUAUGACAUAUUGUCUUCGCUCUGCGUCGCGAAUUUGUGGCAAUAUAACACGCCAUAAUAGUUUCUACUUUUAAAGGUAUUGUGAUUUGCUCAACUAAACCUCGAUCUGGAACAUCUGCAUUUUUUCUAAAGUAAGCACGGGUGAUGAUAGUUGCCUUAAAAGUUCUAUAUUGAUACAAUUUACGUUCUAUAAAUAUACAUCAUUCUCGAAAGAGAAAUCGCAAUUUAUAGUUAAUAUAUCGUUUCUUUUCACAAGAAAGUUUAAUAUUAAAUUUUAGAAGAAAAUGGGUCUGAAAUGGUUUCGGGCAAGUCUAUCGAUGGAGAAAGAAGCGUCUAAAAUUCCAGCAAUGACAGGCUUAUAUCGGAGAAUUUCAUUCGAGCCGGCAAUUCAAAAAAAUAUGGAAGUCUCAUUGUCAACUGCGCCUAUUUUAAUCGUAAGUGAUUCAACGUCAAGUGGCGAUAACGAAAUAGUGAAAAAUAAUCGCUCAAGAGCAGAUCUUACAAAUCAAACAUCAUCGUCAAUUAUUGAUUCGGAGGAAAUCACGAUAAAAGACAUUGACAACAAACCACAGAUAAAUAAUUAUUCGGUUGAAAAUAUAGAGUCUUCUACUUUCACCAAAGAUCCAAAUGUAAAAGAGGAAUCGGCAUGUAGCGAGAAAUUAAAUAAGAUAACUAAAGAUCAGAAUACGUCAGAUACAAAAAGUCUUAUCAAUUCAGAUAACGAGCUAGUGAUCUAAUAAGGAGAAAAUGUUAAAUAAUGCAUAUAUAGACGUUUAGCAUAAAAAAGGGAUACUCUUGUCUCGAUUCGGCAUCUCUACUUUACUGUCUUAUAUCUUUUUAUAUAUACUACACACACACACACACAACACACACACACACACACACA